AUCAUUAAUCUCCACACCCAUCUCUUCAUUUCUUACAACAAUUUGAACUCCGAAAACCCUUUUAGAAUCAAGAAAAUUAUGGCUCUCAAAACCUCAAGAACUGCUAGUUAUAACCUUUUUCUCUACCUCAACCUUCUCUCCUAUGUUCUUGUCGCCACCGCAUGUGGCCCCUGCCCCAGCCCUUCAUCUCCAUCCCUAACACCGCCCAACAGCGGCGGUUCUGGUGGCGGCGGGUCUGGUGGUGGCAGUCCUGGCAGUGGUGGGUCUGGUGGAUCUGCAACUUGCCCAAGAGACGCCCUGAAGCUUGGUGUAUGCGCCAAUCUACUCGGUAGAGCUGCGGGAGUGGUGGUGGGGAACCCUCCAACCACCCCAUGCUGUUCGCUGCUGGCGGGGCUGGUGGAUCUGGAAGCGGCGGUGUGCCUUUGCACUGCCAUCAAGGCAAACGUUCUUGGCAUUAAUCUGAACAUUCCGGUGUCUCUCAGCCUGCUGCUGAAUGCGUGUGGAAGAACUCCUCCAACUGGCUUUACUUGCUCUUGAUUAGGGCCAUGCAUGCAUGCAUGUCUUAAUUGUGUUGUUAAUUGUUUUCAAUCUGGUGUUUAAGCCAUGAUGUGUGGUUUGGAUUUCUAAAAAGGGGUGUGUGAUUAGUGAAAGUUAAUAAGGGUUAAUUGAAGGGUUCGAUUUGGGGAUUGUUUAGUUUUUCGCAAGACUGUGUGAUGGGUGAAAUAAAGUGUCUGUUGGUUAAUUAAGAGUGAUUUGUGAAUUCUGUUGGAGUCUUGUAUUACAAUGUACUAAUUGUCUGAAAAUAAUGAACUUUAAUGUCAGGAAAUGUUGUCUUA